GAGGUGCGGGCGGUAUGUGGGCAUCCGGAAGCCACGCCCAUGAAGACCCACACCGCCCACGUCCACUCCCUGGCGAGGAGCGUGGUGUCCGCCGCCCUCAACGUCGGCACGCCCUCGUGGGACUUCAGAGACGCGGUGAUGCUAGAGACAGACCACCUGGGCCGAUGCGAGACCCUCUACCGCCUGGAGCACCUCGCCCCCACCCACUACACCGUCUUGAGAACGAGGGACCUUGCAACCUGCCAACCCAGCGCUCAGAACCCCACCAGGAGAGACAUUUCAGUACUUCCGAGACUCGCAGACACAACAGAUUGGAGAUGUCAACACACAUACCACGGCAGCGUCCCCCCCAUCGGCAGGGGACCUCUGCUUAACGUCUCAUGCUCCCAGGACGUCAGGAUCGAAAGCGCGGCCGACUUUGCUUCCAAACUGGACCUGACUUUCAUCGAGGCUCGGCGCAGUAGCUUGGCAUAUGACAAUGCUGUUGGCGUGGUCGAACUCAACCUCAACAACGCUGCCUUCCAACAAGCAAGCGACAAACAACCUUACGACCUCGUCAGGCAACUUCUGCAGGAGAUGUGCGACGAAACGGAACAUCGCGUCACGCCAAAAGCAACCUUAUUCUACCCUACUUUGGUGUCAAGCCUUAAGGAUUUGAGUAAAGAUGAGGUCAUACGUGUCUUCAAGGAGGUGACGUCUGGUGAUAUCUGCGGCCGACAUAACAGGGUUCUAAAACUGUUCGAGGACGCACUUCGUGACUCCACUUCCCCCGCCGCUGCUGCAGCCAAGUGUCAACUGAUGACGUCACGGGCAGUUGUUUACAGGCCCAGCUGGAUAAGCUCUCUAGGGCACGUGCGAGGUCCCACUGAGGACGCCCUUCACACCUGUAUGGAGCUCCUCGAGGGUCCCAACUGGCAGCAGGCCGUCCUUGGCGUGUCAGGGAUGGCGAGAAGGGCGGCCGAGGAGGCGUGCGCGGGCGUCCGUGGGCGGCGACGGUGUGUCCUGAACAACUCUAGGUGUCAGCAAGGUGGUGACAGAUGUGGCCUCGCCCAAGCGGUAGUGGCAAUCAUAGACCAGCUGGCGAGUCGUCUCACCGCCUGCAGCCACGCGGAUGCAGAUGGCGUCCACCAGACGGUGUUGGCAAUGCGAGGACUGGGUAAUGUAGGUGUGUAUGGACGAGGGGUGAGUGAAAUCCUCCGGACGUGUGGCGGGGAUGCGAACGUGAACACAACGGUUCGUGUGGCCGCUGUUAUCGCACUGGGCCGAGGACCUUGCCCAAUGCAGACCACAAACUGGCUGAAGUGGGAGGUCCUUAAUGAAACGGUUGGGGCGGAGCUACGGAUUGCCGCCUUCCGGUCCCUGCACUCCUGCAAUUCUAACGAAGCCGAAGAUGCAGCCAUCCUUAUCAUCAAGAGGGAUUCGGACACCCAAGUCAAGUCCUACGUGAGCAGCUUCGUGCCCAGUGACAGCGAAGGCAGCAAAGACCUCCGUCAGUUUUCCCAGCACCUGAUUGCGAAUCUGACGUCGGUGACAGGCGUUUCGGACACGCUGCUCGAAACCGACGUCGUGUUCCAGAGUUCCUUCUUGCCAAGGAGCGUCGACUUUAACCUGACUUCUUCGUGGUUGAAAUAUUUUGGCGGGAGUGUUCAGUUUGGCGGUCGACUGGAAAAUCUGGAAGACCUAAUCCAGACGCUGUUCGGCCACGACGGCUCGGCGGGGGGCACGGUGCGCGAUUGGGUCGAGUCCCUCCUGCAGAAGCUCCGGGAGGUGUUCACGAGCGCCUCCAGGGACUUCGUCGAGGCCCACCAGAGGGAGAAGAGGAGUUACAAUGUGGAUGACGUCAAGGCCAUUCUAGCCAAAGUGAAGCAGGAGGUGGUGACGGAGUUGCGUGGUUGGGCUUACGUGGCCUUGGGGAGUCAGGAUCACUUCUUCACGUCCUAUGCUCUGGAUCCUCUGACGCUACAGUGGGAGGAUAUGCUCGACCAGUGGCUGGAUCAGUUCUUCGAGGCUACUUAUACUUCCCUUCUCAACUCUAAUGUGGAACUAACAUCAGGAUGGGCGGCGGUGGACGAGUCUGUGAGGUCGUGGAGCCUGCUGGGGACGCCCCUGGAAGUGUCCCAAAGGAUCGGUGGGAUGGCUGCUGUCGGAGGAUAUUCCAAGGUCGACAUCCUGAGCCUCCUGACCAAUCCCAAUUCAGCGACGGUCAAUCUUGCUCUCUCACCUAGCGUGGGCACAUACAUGGUGUCAGAACUAAGCGUCAUAUCUAUGUCCGGAGACGUAACAGCGUCCGUGUCUUCUCCUAACACGGCGGGUUGUGAUGUAACAGCUUCAUUGACUGUCAAUGGCGGUGGCGACAACAUGGAGCUAAAGGUGGACCUCCCAGAGAACUCCUAUCACGGCUACAGCACCCAAGUCACGCGCGCCCUUCGCUACCCACCUGAGAGAGGCCCUGCCUUUGGAAUACAGGCGAUGAUGGCGACGACGACGACGACGAUGACGAUGGUGAUGACGAUGACAGCGGUGAUAAUACCUACGAGCUCUUCGACGGUGAUUUCGAGGACGACGACGAUGAAGGGUAUAGAUGGAGAGUGUCUCGAGAGCGAGAGCAACGCGAAACAGCCAGGGGGCGCUGCAGGAGAGGAGAGGAGGUUCCCCGGCAGGUCCUUCAGGCACAGGACCUGCAACACUGGCCUGGCCGACGUGCUGGGCUUGAUGGCGAGGACGGACACGCGCUGGGCCAAGGGGAGGCACGUGGCGACCUUCCUGAAGAAGAGCUACGUCCACAAGGCUGAGCGGGACAUCACGGGAUACAAGGUGGCUUUCUCGUGGAAGAAUCCUGGCGUCAACUCGCUGUUCCUCGACGCGCACGUGGAGGCCGAGGGUGCCAAGAAGGACCGUAAGGCCGACCUCGUCUUCGGCUUCACGUACAGUCCUCACGUCACCCUCAAGAUCCUUCUCCUCAGCCAGCAGUUCUCAGCCUCGGGAGAAGUGUCAUUGGUGAACGACCCGAACUUGAAGCGUCUGGAGGUCCACGUAGGUUACGGAGGGAACGAGUACGGCUUCAAGGGCGAGCUUCUGAUGGUGACGGACGGAGGCCAGGUGAGUGUGAAGCCCCGCCUGGUGAUCGCCUACCCCGGCACUCAGGAGGACGCGCUGCUGGAGGGCUACAUGGCCAGGUACCUCUCUGAGAAGGUCCGGAGCCUCACCCUCGACCUGUACACCGAAGGGACACUCAAGGAGUACUUCGACGCAGCUCUCAAAGGCACCGUGGAGUACCGAACGCCGGCCAAAGGAGACAGAGUUUUAACAAUCAAGAACUUACACUUUUCCACGCCCCGCCACGCCCUUGGUCUCGAAGCCUCCUUUGCUCUCAGGGACAAGGGUGUAGAAGGCCAAGUGCAGGUCACUUGGGGAGGCCAGGUGGUGGUCCUUGACGGUAGCGUGCUCAACCUCGGCUCGGGGAAGAACGACCAGCACUUCGAGGUCAACCUUCAGAUGCUGUUGCCUGAUCAUCCGCAUCUAGACACGAGGAUCAACUGCGUCACGAAAGUCUACGAUGCGGAGGUGACGAACAACGUGACGAUGGUGGUGGGACCCGAAGCGACCCGCAGAGACUUCCAGAUCAUCCAUUCCACGUCCUGGAGAUUCACCAAGGCCACGACGCCCAUUUAUUCUCCCGGGCACGACCAGGACCCCGCCCAUUCCCUCAGCCACGCCAACGAGCCCGCCCAUUCGCCCGCCCACGCCUACUUAUAUAGCGGUCUUUCGGCGAGGGUCGUGAACAAACUGGAGGUCACCUCCAGAGCCCUAGACGUGACGUGGAAGUUCGACCACACGCUGCAGCUGACGGAGAGGUCCCUCGAGAACCUCCUGAAGGGGAAGAUGGGAGACGAAAACUACAAGAUCAUGACGAAUCUGUAUGACCAGACAGAGGACCUCUUCAAGUACCAUGCGGAGGUCGAGCUGAGCCUCCCUGCGUGGCACUUCAGCUACGUGGACACCCUCCAGCAGCGCUACGAGGGCGACGUGGUGGGCCAGAGCACGACCGUCAUGCCUUCCGGGAGAGUCUACAGCUCCUCCUCCAGGUACUUCAAGGGCAAGGACGGCGACCGGCUGGUGUUCGAUUUUUCCUACGACAUUCUGGUCCGCGAUGGAGUCGAUACUUGGAAGAUUGCAGCGCGAGAGUCCUUCGAGUGGUCUCCCAGCCUCCUUAGCCUCCACUGCGGCGUCGAGAUCGGUGACGUCACGCUCUUCGGCCUCGAGAUGACCCUCGACGGCUUGUCCUCGGGGGAUGUCGACCUCUUCCUCAAGACGUGGACCAGGAACGUGUACGAGAGCGAGCUAUCCCUCAACAGCCUCGGGCCCAAGACGGACAUCAAUUUCAUGGUCUUUGUUAUUCCUCUAAAUCGGGAAAUUAAAAGCAAAGUCGCCCUCGGCCACGACGGCUGCCUCAGCGGGAGCGUGGACGGCGAGUUAGCGUGGGACGUCCGCGGCGACCACACCAAGACGCUCACGGUGUCCUCUGCCAUUCAGUUUCCGGCCGAGACGAGGACGCUUGUGCUUAAGGGCGCGGUGACAGUCCUGACGUGGACGUGGAAGACGGAGCUGCAGGUGGAGUUCGGCAACGAGAUUGGGGAUAACCACCGCGUCACCUUCGCCCUCACUUUGCCGGACGAGUCGAGGUUAGAGGCCGGGUCACAGCUCAUCUUCUCCUUAGGGAACGAUGACCUGGCUCUCGGUAUGACCUUUGACCUGCGACUACCAUCUGGAACCUUUCAUAAUGUGUCCUUGGUCGCACGCGGUCACAGGGCGAGUCACGGCCUUGCGGACGGCAUGGUCGCCCUCGACAUCGACUCUCCCGUGACUGACGACGUCCACUUCCACCUCCACGUGAAGAAACAGGAGACUGACGGCAAAACGGACGUCGGCGUUACGCUGACGUCCCACUCGGGCGCCAACUACUGGGACCCCAUCUCAGGCAAAGCGACGUGGCAGUGGGACGGCACGCGGGCCAACGUGGUGACGGAGGUGACUUGGGGAGGCAUGACGAUCAACUUCGACGCCCUCGGGUCCUACAAGAUCAUCCAGGGCGAGCACCAGAUCCUGGGGUCGGCUGAGCUGCGAGUCCCCGUCGAGGCGCCCAUAAUCUGGCAGCAACUGAAGGCGACGGUGGUCGGCACCUUCAGCGUCAGCGAUAACCCCAGUAAACUGAAGAUGAGCCACACCAUCGCCGUGUACAAGGAUUACAGGGAAAUCCUCAACACAGACGGCGAAGUGACAAUCCAGGUACCUAAGGCGGAGGGUCGGCUCUCCCUGUCCCACUCUGGCUCCGUCGCCACCAACCACGUCUACACCAUGACACUUACUCACCGCCCCCCACACCCACCUCCCCCCAGCCCCCGACCUCCACCCAGGGCCCGAAACACCGGCACGGCGCCGCGGUGGAACGUGCCGGGUCACGGAGGCCGCCCGCCCGCCGUCAGCAACGCCGAUCCCACUCCAAUAGACGGCAGGGAGGUGACCGUCCAGGGGAGCUACAGAGAGGAGGGCUACCUCAGCGUCGCCUUCAGGACGGAGCUGAAGGAUAUUAGCAUCGGCAUUAGAAAGGGAAAUGGUACUUCGUUUUCUCUGACGAGUGACGGGCAGGUCGUGUAUCGAGGGUCGAGGACGAAGCUUCACCAUCAGCUCUCCAUCACGCCUUCAAAGGCCUCCUCCUUCUUCAGGCUAUCUCCCUUCCUUGGUAGAGUCCUCAAGCUGACGACGAGCCGCACCAAGUACAGCCUCCACCACUGGGGCACGAACGUCGACCUGAGUUGGGGUGCACGUAACUUCACGUACCGAGAUGACGUGCACUUCCGCACCUUCCGCGACUGCACCAUCAGGCUGGAGAUGGACGCCCCUUAUCUCAACUUCGACAAAGUCACAGUUAAGUUGGAAUCGAACUUAGAAGGAGAAGGAGAGCAAGCGGUCCACGGCAUGUACUUGGUGCACAACGCCACGCUCCACAGUGCCAGAUUAACAUACUACAACCACGACGUCGAGGAGGAGCGGGUGUGGCAAGCGGGCGUGAGUGACCUGGUGGUGAAUGCCAAGUCGUACAGUGACCUGAUAGUGCGUCACACCCUCGCUCUGCCUGGUGGUGGUGUGCAGAUAAAGAGCAGCCUGACCGUCGACGCCACCCCGGUCGUGGGCGUGACCGUCACCCACACUUCGGAGACGCGGGCGUUGUUACUCUCCGUGUGUUCCACCAGCGAGGAGUGUGUACGUCUCCAAGCUCACGCCCACGCCCGUAGCACGCCCUCCACCAGGACUUAUUCCGUGGCCGCCCAUGCUCUCAACUCCCUCUUCUGGCAGACUCCUGACGAUCCUUUGGUGCAGAAUUCCGUCACCUUCACCGCGGAGGAAACGUCUGAGGAGGUGAUGGUGACAGGUGGCAUCCGGCGCGUGGAGUGCCAGAGGGUCACGUGUGAAACCUUCGAGAAUCGGGGCCUUCUGCACGCCACUCUCCGCCUCACUCCCGAGACUCUGGACUUGCUGCUGGACACGACCAACCGGACAGUCCAGCUCAUGACGGUGUCGCGGCAGAACGUGGUGGAGGAGGCGGAGAUUUCGUCACUGCCAGGAGGUCGUCUGGUCUCGAGUUCUAACUUGGAGACUCGUCUAUGGCUCGACAGGACGGGCGAUCCCGAGGGCGUGGUGACCUGGAACUCGAGCGUUGCCCAUUAUGCUUCUUCCAGGGCCUCCGAGUGGGCGGUCCAUUCGCGCCUGCAUCAUAGUUCCUUCGAUAAGAUUCUCCGAGUGGGCGGGAACAUCGUAGCUGAUCAGCUGUCCAUUCGUGCUGCUUUGCUCUUGGACAUGUUCAGUGCCUUGGAAGACGCCCUCAGACUCGACCUCGAGAUAUUGCAAGACAGCGGCAACCACAUCCUCAUUGCUAACCUCACUAAAACGAUGAGCGCCUCCCCGAGAAUCAUAGACGUGGUGGCGUCCUUCCUGCCUUCCCCCGACAGCGCCCAGGUGAGUGUGGUGAUGCUGGUGCCUUCGUGGAGACCCGACCCCUACCAGCAUCACGAGACGCAUCACGACUCCCGCUUCACCCUCACCUGCGGCUUGGACACGGGGCAUCGGUACCGACACGCUACCGCCGACUGCACCCUCACAACGCCUUCAGUCCGGGAAAAGAUCAUGGUGGAGUACCAUCUGAUCGGCAGCGGGGGUUGCAAGGGCCUCGGCGCCUCCGUCGGGAUGUUCAACCGCACUUAUCUGGCGGAACAGAAGUCCUGCCUCAGCCCCAGCAGCAUCCAAGCCAGUCUCGCCCUUAAGACCGCCGGCCAACUGGAGGACGAGAUGGCCCUCCGCCUCGGCCUUGUGGACUCCCGUCGGGCGGAGAUGGACCUCCUCGACGCCGUCCACAUCAAGUUCCAACUCCACCCGCCGUUCCUGCUCCACGCCAUGGCCCACUCGCGCGGUACGAUGUGGAGUAGGUGGAGGGAUUUCAAGGACGGCAUCCAGGGCGAACUGGACGACAUCAUCAGCACGGCCAAAUCGGUGACGAGGACCAUGGCCACAGACUUGGACGUGAUGGACGGGUUAGCGCGGAUGGCCAGCCCUUCCCCCGCCCACAUGCUGGCCACCCACUCGCGACGCCACGUUGUGAUGAUGGUGAACGAGCUCAGGAACGAUCAGCUACUGAAGGACAUCGCGCAGAUGGCCCAGGCGUGCGUCGAUGUCACCAGUGUCAUGGUGGAGGCGACAGUGGCCUACAUCAGCCACAACUUCGGGGAUUUGAUAUCCGAAGUGGGCAUGGGCGUGAGGGUGUGGACGGAGGCUGCAGUGACCAACGCGGGCUUCCUCCUGAUGCAGAUUAUCGAGGGGCUGAAGGAGACGAUCUCGACGACGAUCAACUUCGUCUCGGAAUUGCCAAUGAUGAUGUUGGACCAAGCUCUGUCGGUGCCUCUCGUGUCCGACGCCGUGGAAUGGAUAGUGAUACAUGCGAGAUACGUACAGAGUUCUAAGGUGUAUGCAUUCUUCACCGCUGCGACAAGAACUACUGUUCGUUACGUACAUAAGCUCUUCUCCUUGCUGUAUCCUUGGAACGGAACCCCAUAUUCCUCGGAGGUGGCUGCAGGCGUCUGGAACAUCUGGAUCCCACUACCUGAAUGCGGACACUCUCUAUUCGACGUGUGGAACGUACUAACAGGUAGUGCGAGGGCGGCACGGCAUCGACUGAGCUUCCCGUCGGCCGUGCAACGCUGGUGGCAUCUGCUCACACACCCCACCGAGCUGUUCCAUCGAGUAGUCCCGCCGUUUACAGGUUACGGAGCGAUCGUUGGGGAAAAUCACUUUAUUACGCUGGAUGGCCUGUCGUACACCCUGACUCCGUCCUGCGCCCACGUGCUGGUCACCGACGCCCGCGAUGGCCUUUUCACUCUUGUUUCGAGCUUAAACGUUACGCAAAAUCGGCGCGAGUAUACCCUCUUCUUGGGAGACACAACGCUGAAGGUGCUGCCGGACUUGCAGGUGGAGGUGAACGGCGACCGCGUCCCUCUGCCUUACUCCAGCGACGUCCUGAGCGUGAGGAGGGACCCCCAGCUCCUCUCCGUCAGCGCCAGGGACAGCCUCGGCCGCGACCUGGUCAUGGUCUCCUGCUGGGACUCCUACCACGCCUGCGUCGUCGGGGUGAGCGGGUGGCUCCACGCGGACACGAGAGGCCUCUUGGGACACUACGACCUCGACCUCUCCAACGAACUCAUGAGACCCAGCGGCGGGGUGGCUCUCAGCGGAGAGGUGUUCAGUCAGAGCUGGCAGGUGGGGUCCAGCUGUCCGCCAGACCAAGUAUCGCUCGAAAUUCCAUCUAAUGUUCGAGCUCACCAUUUGUGUCGCAAGUUCCUCCUGCACUACGGUUCUGCGGCCUUCCCAUGCCAUGACUACGUUGACGUCCACCCCUUCUACACGACCUGCGUCAGCCACCUGUCUCAGAUCCAGGAAAGGAAGGGCAGACCUGGCCCCGCGGCGAGGAAGCGCGGCAUGGCCUCCCGCAGGAUGCCGCGACGGGUCCUGCCACGCAGACCCCCCGGCGCUGCCGAAGAGCCCUCUCGCGUCUCCCGCAUGCCCGAGCACCGAGCGCCCCGCCCCAAGAGCAGCAACAACCUGUUCUUCCUCCACAACCAGGACUACGCCGAGCCCAACGGCGAGGAGAUGGAGGCCUCGUGCAACGUCUUGGCCGCCUACUCCAGCGUGUGCUCCAAGAACGACGUGAAGCUGCUGCCUCCUCGGCCCUGCGCAAGGAAGGGGAAACUCUCCUAUGAGGAGCCGAUGUCACAGCCGCCCGAGAUGGACAUCGUGAUGCUGGUCGACGAAAACACCUGCGACGACUUCAUCUACGAACACCUUGUGGGUCCUCUGCCUGGCGUCCUCAAGAGAAUAGCUCAGGGGAAGAACGUCAGCGACGUCAAAAUGGGCAUUCUCGGCUACGGUUCCGGAGGCGGCGACCUCGUCUACUACUCCUCCGGCUCCUCUUUCCUCUCGUCGGUUUCCCGCCUGAUGAAGACUCGCCCGCAGGACACCCAGUCCCCAAGGGCGUCCCUUCUGCAGGGUAUGAGGGCCAUUAGCCACUUCCCCUUCCGACCAGGGUCCAUCAGGGUGGGUCUGGUGAUCCGCUGCAGCGACCAAGACCUGCCUCAGUUCACCGAGAGUCUCCCACGAGAGAUGACCCGACGCCGACUCUCUCUUUUCACUCUCACACCUGACCUCCUCCUCUUCGACCCCAGGCGACCCAAGGCGGUCAGGAACACGAUAGAACACAGUGGCGGCGGGGUAUUCACCGUGACGCCCCUGAGAGACGAGUCCAAGGCAGCUUACUACAUGAAACUCUUCAGGAAGGUCCUCAGUCGAGCCAUUGUUAAAGUGGUUCACAGUAUUUCUGUGCAAGAAACUAUUGCUAGAUUGCUGCGCAAUGAACUAUCGCUAGAUUUUGUGCAAUGA